GUGUCACCAGUCUUAAUGCUACCUGGAAUUAUAAACAUGCUAAAUUUGGUUGGACAAUGAAGCUUCUGGUAACGGUUUUGUUUGCCAUCAUCUUACAACUGGGAGCAGGAAACGAGCUGCAGGCCUGUGGCUCUGCACUUACCGACAUUUUGUCCCUUGUCUGCAGAAACCAGUUCCACGACGCGGCAAAAAGACAAUACCUGACGGAGAGAGAAGAAAAGGGUUCUAGAUUGAAAAGAAGAUUCUCGGCCGAGCAGAAGAGAGGGGGCGUGGUCGAGGAGUGCUGCUUUUCCAGCUGUUCCUACGAGAAUCUACUGCUGUAUUGUUCACAGAGCAUCGAUCCUAUAGACGUAUUUGCCGCAGUUCAAGCUGAAACAACAACGACGAGAAGACCAACAACAACAACAACUAGAAUCACAACAACGGCAGCAGCACAAACAACAACAACAAUAACAGCCGGCAAUAAACCCACGACGCCGGGGCAUGCUGACAACAAAAUCGUGGAUAGCGCGGCCUGGAGUUUGACCCGGAGAUGGUUUUACGUCAACCGACUCGGGCGGUUUCGUGGACAGGUUGGGAGGAGGAUAAUCAAUAUGUGAUACAUUGUGAGCUCUGAUUAGGGUAUUAUCCGCUAAUUCCCAGAGUUAGUGGUAAUGACAGUAACAUGUGGCCGCAUCUUCUGACCAACUCUGUGACAUUCUAAAUGACAUUCGUCUACCAAGAUUUUAAAUUAUUGAAUUUAAGAAGCAGGGAACUUUGUUUUAACGAUCAUGUAUAUAUAUAAAUCAAAUCAAUACAGUUUUCACAUUUUUUCCAGCAACAUUCUGCUUCAUCUACAAACUUAAAAAACUUUUUAAACGUAUAUGUUUUUUUUCAAGAGAAUUGUCAGUAUUACUUUCAAUUUCUUUGUUUCUCAAAAACAUACUUUUUGCAAUGUUGAUAUAUUGAAUAGAUUGAUAGAUUCACACUUGCUCUAAAUUUUAAUGGUUACAGUACCUUUAAAAAAAACAGUAAAAAAAUGUGUAUUUUUUCCGGAUCAGCUA